GGCUGGGCAGGGCGAGGGGAGGGGUCCCGGGGGCAGGCCGGGCGAAGGGGGCCGAGCCUCCCCAUGGCCUGUCUGCCCUUAUCUUCCGGCGACCGAGCCAGGCCAGAGGGGUGUCUUUGGGGCCUCCCUGCCCGCCAGGUGAUGCUCAGCUUCCAGCAUCCUUUCUCCACCUUCAUCCCUCCUUCAUCCUCCGAAGGGACCGGUCCGUUACCGUGAGCAACCGUCUGGAGAGGUGGAGGGGAACCAGGCCAGGCCAGGCCGAGCCAGCUACCACCAAACCCCUCGUCCCCAGCCACACAGACUUGGUUGAAACUCAGAUCCGUCCGGCUUCUGAGGAGUCCCGGCAUCCUGGCUGAGGAGCCUGCUCCCAUAGAAGAUCUUGGCAAUACCUCCGACGAGGCGGUGAGGAUGAUGAAGGAGAUGGAACGGGACCCGGAGAACUGCAGCUACCAAGGAGUUGAAGAGACCUGGCAGCCGAAAAUCAUUAAGCAGGAGGAGGAGGAAGAUGACGGGCUGGAGAUGCAUCUUAACCAGCUGGAGGCUGCCACUGCCGCGCAAUGUGCCACCAACGGACUCCACCAGGGUGCGCAAAAACCGAGCAGCCCCGAGCCCAUUCUGCUGGGUUCCGGGGCCGCCAACGAGGAGAUCCUAUUGGUGGACUACCGAGCGAGUCCUUUAAUUCGGGGGUGCAGACCCCAGCUGGGGGAGCUACCCCACUGGUGCCUGGAAUGCGGCAAAAGUUUCAGCCUGAAAUCUGAGCUGGAAAUUCACCAGUCCAAGCACACCGGGCAGAAUUCCUACAUCUGCGGUGACUGCGGACGGAGCUUCAUGGAGCACAUGGCGCUGUCAGGGCAGGGCGCUUGUGCCGCGGGGCACCCCUUCAGCCCUUCCGGGAGCCGGAGAAAGGGACCGUCCCUGCCCGGUGAAGCUGGGGUUCAACGCAAGGAGCGUAAGGAACUGUCUCUGCAGGAGAAAGUCCGUGUUCUGGAGAUGCUCGAAGGGCCCAAGGUCUCGCAGAGUGAACUGGCCAAACGAUUCGGGGUAUCCCAGCCCCAAAUUUGCCGUAUCAUCAAGAACAAAGAACGCAUCCUGGCCGAAUGGGGUAAAAACGCCAACCCGAGUCGCAAACGGAAGCUGGAAGACAAAGGUCCGGCUGGCGGCGACCGAUCGUUCUUGCAGUGGUUCGAACGCAGCUGCGGACACCCAUUCUCCGCCGAGGGGAAACUUUGGCAAGAGAAAGUCACCUUCGGAGGCGGGGAACCAGGCUUGGAGACCAGCCUCCAGUGGCCAAACAGCUCCCCGGCCAAGCCGAAAACUGGCCCCAGGAGGUCCCUCCCAGAGAAAUGGAGCCGGGAACUUCUGGAGGAGGAGGAGGACGAAGACGAGAAUCGCUGGGAAAGUACAACGCUGCCCUGUAUCCUCAGCCACUACGACCUUCCCAACGUCUACGCUUGUGGAGAGACGGGGAUGCUCUUUAGAGCGACCCCUGAAGAUCUGGUGGCCCGGAGAGGCGGCGAAGCCCAUGACCAGCUGACCAUCUUGCUCUGUGCCAACAUGGACGGGUCGGAUAAAAAGGACGUGUUGAUUGUGGGCAAGGCUGCGCGGCCGUUUGGUGGCCUUCAGGGAUUGUCUUCUGCAACCUACAAGACGAACAGUAGGGCCUGGAUGACCCCCACCAUCUUUUCCGAGUGGCUUCAGAAGUUCAACGAGGAGAUGAAACAGCAGGAGAGGCGGGUGGCGCUCUUCGUCACGCAGUGUGGUGUCCAUCCCUAUGCCGAGCUCUCCAACGUCCAGAUGGUCUUCAUGCCCCCUCACCUCGCCUGGCUGCCUCCCCUGGAGCAAGGGGUCAUUCAGAAUUUUAAGUGCCACUACCGGAGAAGGAUGUUGACCCAUCUCUUGGUCAAGGACCACGGCAAAGUCUCCAGCCCCACCAGCAAACUCUCCAGGUUCCUCACCCUUCUGGAUGCUGUCCACCUGUUGGUCCAAGCGUGGUCGGAGGUGUGUCCUCAAACCAUAGCAAACUCUUUCAAAGCGGCGGGCUUCAGCGCAAAUCCCCGCCUGCUGACCCCUCCAUUGGAAGUAGUCCAAGCGUUGGGCUGCAAGGAUCAAGACCAGUUUGAACAGUUCGUGUUGAUGGACGAAGGGUUGGAGUGUUUUGGAGACCAGGAGAGCGUGGACCCAACAAAGGAGGUCCCUCAACCCCAAGAACCCAUCUCGGGGAGAGCAGAAGAGGAGGAGGAGAAGGAGGAACCGGCCCUCUUCUCCUGUCCCUCCAAGACCGACAUCGUGGACAGCUUGGCGAAGCUGCGGCGCUACCUGGAGUGCCACUCGGUGUCACCCAACACCUUCCAGACGUUCUACCAGCUGGAGGACCUGAUCCACGCCCUGGCUCUUUCCGACAUGCAGUUAGUCAGAGCCAAACCCUGCCAAGACUGACUCCCAACAUAGACCUUGAACUGACGGAGCACUCCGGAUCCUGAAACGGGUGUCCAGAAAUCCACCAAGGCGUGCUUUUUGGGCUUCUGGACACCCUGUAGAGUCUCCAAGUAGUUUUUGGCAUGUAGUAUCGAGUGGGAUCCUGCCGUUUUCCUACUGAGAGUUAGAAGCCUGCAGAGAAGAACAGCAGAGUAGCAGGUUUCUAGUGAGAAACAAGGGGGAGAAAAAUAAUUUCUGGACGUAACUGCCCACCCACCUUCUUGCAGAGAAUCUGGGGAGGGGAUGGUGGACAGCAGGGGUCUUCUAUUUGACCCGUCCUGGCUUCUGUUUACACACCACGGGAGAGUUUGUUCUGUGUGUCCAGUUGUGGUUUCUAGACCAUGGUUCAGCCUAGGUACCCCUCGCCGAUAGUGGUUAACAGCAGGUUUGCAAAUGUAGAAGUGUGUGGAUAACAGAAAGGUCUGGGGAUUCCCAGGGGAGGGGCCAAGCCAUGCCACACCCCCACAUGCACAUGAUGGGAGUCAGUCCCCCUGCAACGGAUGCAAAGGAGAGCCUCUGCACCCCUCAUACAAGGGGCUCAGGGCCUCUUCCUCAGUUGUACGGGACUCCGUAGGUCAAAGGUGUGACAUCGGCCCCUCGGCCUGUACAGGCAACAUAACCCCGUAGAGAAGGAGUAUCACGAUCGGCGAUGUUGGGGGGACUUAAGGCUUACCAGUUGGGGAAAGGGGAUGUUACGGGUCACAAGGUCCGAAAGGAAGUUCUUCUGCUGAGGUCCUGAAGGACGCGGUGAUCAGGCUUAGGACGCCACAGCAAAUUGGGGUGAUGGAGGUCGCUUAAUGCCAGGACGGCAACAACCGAAGCUGACCCACUGCUCUGGGGAGCUUCUGUGGGACCUCAACCUUGGGGUGGUAUUCCAUCUCAAGCCCUGCUUGGCCACCAACAGUGGAACAGACCACCCCAUGAAAGAGCUCUCCUUGGAGGAGGAUGAAACCCAGAGGCCACAGGAGGGCAACAGCGACACUGAGAGGGAAAAGCUUUCGAAUUUCCCAGAAUUCCCCUGCUUUUGGAGAAUAAGAGGGAGGGGUGUAGGUGCUCAGUCUUGGCGUCUGAAGGGCUCUGACUUUGCAGAUGGAAAUGGUCUUCUGACCGGAUGCCAAUAAAGUGUUCAAAGGCUGA